CUUUUUCCUCUGGGCCUCUUCCUCCGAGAGCUCGUCAAAAUGGCGACCCCUGCUGAAGUGAAGCUGUUCGGGAAAUGGUCUUUUGAGGACAUUGAGGUCCAGGACAUUUCCCUGGAGGAUUACAUUGCUGUGAAGACCAAGUAUGCGGUCUACGUCCCGCACACCGCUGGUCGCUACCAGAAGAAGCGCUUCCGGAAGGCGCUGUGCCCGAUUGUUGAGAGGCUGGCCAACUCCCUGAUGAUGCACGGCCGCAACAACGGCAAGAAGCUGAUGGCGGUGCGCAUCGUCAAGCACGCCUUCGACAUCAUCAACCUGCUGACGGACCAGAACCCGAUUCAGGUGCUGGUGGACGCCAUCAUCAACAGCGGGCCGCGUGAGGAUGCCACGCGUAUUGGCUCUGCGGGUGUGGUCCGCCGCCAGGCUGUGGAUAUCUCGCCCCUGCGCCGCGUGAACCAGGCUAUCUACCUGCUCACGACCGGCGCCCGCGAGGCUGCCUUCCGCAACAUCAAGACGAUUGCGGAGUGCCUGGCUGACGAGCUGGUGAACGCCGCCAAGGGCUCGUCCAACAGCUACGCCAUCAAGAAGAAGGACGAGAUUGAGCGCGUGGCCAAGGCCAACCGCUAAAGCAGUCGCAGCAGGAGGGAGCAGGAGCAUGUGUGUGGCUCGGGCUGCUGCUCAGCGUCGCCGGGGGCACGCUGUUGUAACCCAAAGACACACUUGUCCGCUCCGGUUUCUCCUUAACUUACGCGCUGAAUGCAUGUAAUUGCAUAUGCAUGCAUUCAAUGCACGACAACGGUAGCACCUCUCAUGGUUCCUACCACAGCACCCC